GGCUUUGGGCUUGCAUGCAAGAAGAACGAUUGCGCUUCGUCGAGACUGAAACUGCUUUUCAAACUCUGCAGCAUUUGCAUGCACAAACUCAAGAGGAAUUGCGGGCCAUGGGCUCGGAGUUGCAGAACCGGGCCCACCUAAUGAAGGUCUUUGAGUCCAGAAAUCAGAGUUUACAAGACGAGGUUCGAAAGUAUGAAGAGGAGAAUAAGCACCUUAAUGAGCUCAUAGAAGCGGAUGCGGACUCAUUCGCAAGGCGGGCCGAAAUGUACUACAAGAAACGGCCCGAGUUGAUGAAGUUUGUGGAGGAGUUCUACCGAGCUUACCGUGCACUAGCAAAAAGGUACAGCCACGCCACGGGUGAACUUCGCCAAGCCCAUCGAACCAUAUCGGAGGCAUUUCCCGAACAAGUACCUUUCGAACUCGGUGAUGACUCGCCUUCGAAAACUGAGCCUCUCACACUAGAAAUAAAAAGACGCGUGCAUGCAUUGUUCGAUGCUGACGAAUAGCUUCAAGAUUCCGAUACAGGGUU